CGCCUCGCACCAGUACAAAAGGUGGAACAAAUGUAUUCUAAAUGUAAUUAAUAUUCAUAAGUAUUAAUCAGCAGUUGAAUGGUGCAGAUUUAGCGCCCUUUUAACCAAUCAGUUGCACAUUCUGCGCUUAGGUCAUGGAAUUAAUUAAUAUUCAUGAGGCGAGCCUUCUCCCUCCUCAAUGUCAAAACUGAACUGGCUUUUCUGAAGCGCGUCGCUCAGGAGUCUCGGCGUAUACAGUUUAUUUUGGUGCUUUUUUUUUUUAGAGCUUUCAAAUGGAUUUGCCCCCCAAUUUAUUCCAGGAAAAAUAUGCUUCUUUAUUCAUGAAAUCUGUUGCAGAGCCGUAUUGCGACGGUCUAACUGGAUGUCGUUGAAAAUGUAGAUAACAAUCUCACGAGAGUAAAAGUGUUCAGUGAAAGUGGAAAUGCAUGAGGCCUUGGUUCUGCUCAUCCUGAUAGAGGAGGGUUUCGCACUGGCACAGAAAACUCAAGCUUUGCCUCAGAAUGUGGCUACUGAGGAUAAGAAACCGGCUCACUGCGGAACUUUGAUCCAGACGGCAAAUGGAGGAUCAUUCAGUUCUCCAAACUACCCCAACACUUACCCACCAAACAAGGAGUGUGUGUACAUCCUGGAGGCCCAUCCACGGAAGAGAAUCCAGCUCGUCUUCAAUGACAUCUACUACAUUGAGCCGUCCUUUGAGUGCCGCUUUGACAAUAUUGAAAUCCGUGAUGGGCCGUUUGUUUUCUCUCCGUUGAUUAAUCGGUACUGCGGGGCAAAGAGUCCAGGAGUUGUCACCUCCUCCGGACGCUUCAUGUGGAUCAGGUUUACCAGCGAUGAGGAGCUGGAGGGACUGGGCUUCAGGGUGGAGUAUUCAUAUACUGCAGAUCCUGAUUUUCAUCUCCAUAUUGGGGGACUCUUAAAUCCCAUUCCAGACUGUCAGUUUGAAAUGUCUGGAUCAGAUGGUAUAAUCAGAUCUAGUCAAGUUGAGGAGGAAAACAAGGUGAAAUCAGGGGAAGCAGUGGACUGUAUUUGGACCAUACGAGCUCCACCGAUGUCUAAGAUCUAUCUCCGCUUUCUGGACUAUCAGUUAGAGAACUCAAAUGAGUGUAAGAAGAACUUUGUUGCAAUCUAUGAAGGCAGUAAUGCCAUUGAAGAUCUAAAGGCCAAGUUCUGCAGCACCGUUGCCAACGACAUCACGCUUGACAACGCUGUGGGUGUGGUCAGAAUGUGGGCCGACGAGACCAGCAGACUGAGCCGUUUCCGAAUGCUCUUCACGGUCUUUGCUGAACCUCCAUGUUUGGCCAACACAUUCUUCUGUCACAGCAACAUGUGCAUCAACAACACUCUGGUUUGUAAUGGUGUUCAGAACUGUAUGUUUCCCUGGGAUGAGAACAACUGCAAAGAAAAGAAGUCUAAAAGUUUCUUCCAACACAUGAGUAAAACUCAUAGCACUGUGAUUGGAGUGGCGUCUGGUGUGGUCUUGCUUCUUCUCAUCAUAUCUGUAUUUAUACAGAUGAAGCAGCCGAGAAAAAAGGUUUUGAGCCGUAAGGGUUUGUUCAGCGCUGCAGAGAUGCAGGAGGUGCUGGAGCCUCCUCAGUAUGAGCUCUUCUCCAUGCGGGAAGCGGAGCUGCCGGAGGAUCUGUCGGAGGAGCUGGAGAGUCUGCAGAAACUCCGCCGCUCCUCCAGCAUGUCCCGCUGCGUCCACGAGCAUCACUGUGGCGCUCCGAGCAGCGCCGCCUCCAUCGUCAUGGCAAGCAGAGCGCAUCAUCUCUCGCACGGCUCUGAUGACAUGAGUACGGUUGUUGGGGCCAGAGGCUGGGGCAGCUUCCACGGACGCAGGAGCAGCUCCCGCUCGCACCAUUUCACGCACGACCCGCGCGCUCACGCUUACAGCGCCCAGAGUCUGAGAGAGGCACUGGAAGAUGAGGAGCUGGGGCUGGAGGAACGGGUCAUGGAGGAGAUCGGCUACAAUGAUUUCAUCAACCGUGGACGCAACGUCGUGAUGGUACGUAAUCAUGCCAACCCUGUCCAACAGCGCUCCCUCUCUAUGGACUUCUGAGUGGAGCGGAAGUCAGCUGACACUUUAUUUGUCAUGUAAAAAUUCAAUUAUAUAAUGCAUAGCUGUAAAUGUUUGCUCACACCUUCUUUUAUUAUUUUACUAUCUUAUUUCAACGUUUUUCUCGUCGUUGAAACCUCCCUUGCCCUUCCUAUACUUGAUUUCAAGCCAAGUCCAGUAUUUUUUUUUUUUAUUGGUGUUAUUCUCAUUCCUCAAAACCAGAUUAUGUAGGUCAGGGCUGAAAUUAAGUUUUUAUCACACCUGCCAAUGAUGGUUAAAUAUCUCUUACUGGCCAUAAAAUGACAUUUUGGAUUAUUUUUUGGCUCCUGAUUCCUUAGUCAUCAAUCCACAUUUUUGCAUCUAUUCAUGACCAGCAGCUCAUGUCUUUCUGUCACCAUGAGCCGGUUUUCAACUAGAAGAUUUUGUUACUGAUAAAUUCAUUUUGAUAGUUUAAUGCAAAGACUUACACUACCAUUCAAAGGUUUGGGGUACAGUAAAAACAGUAAUAUUCUGAAAUAUUAUUACAAUUAAAAGGACAGUUUUCUAUUUGAAUAUAUUUCAAAAUAUUAUUUAUUCCUGUG